CAGCAUUGUGCCGUUUCAUUGUUUACCAUCAACGUCAAAAGAAGAAAGACAGGUUUUGCGGGUAGUGUGUCUGUUCACUAAAAUGUAACAUUAUUACUGACGUGUCAGGUUAAAAGCCAUCCAGAUAUGGCUGAACUGUGUGAACGGGGACAUCGAAAGUCGGAGUGGGACUAAUGCCUUAGCCUCCCUCAGCUUGCCUUACACCGCCAGAGGAGCCCCGAGCAAGAUGCUGCUGAAGAUGCCCCAGAAGCUGCUGAAGACUGCCCACUACAUAGAGCUGGGCAGUUAUCAGCACUGGCCGGUGCUGAUACCCCAAAGGAUACGACUGUACACUUACGAACAAAUCCCCCUCUUCCUGAAGGAAAACCCCUACAUCACAGACGGCUACAGGGCUCACCUGCCCUCCAAACUCUGCCUGAAAAGUAUUUUUAUUCUGUCCAAUGAGACGGUGAAUAUCUGGAGCCACCUUUUGGGUUUCCUGCUGUUCUUCUCUCUGGGAGUCAACGACCUCUUGUCUGUCCUGCCAGCUUCUGGAGCCAACAGAGAGGACUAUGUCAUCUACGCUAUAGGACUCUUCUGUUUCCAGGUUUGCAUGCUGUGUUCGGUGGGGUAUCACCUGUUCUCGUGUCAUCGAUCGGAGAAGACUUGCCGCCGCUGGCUGGCAUUGGACUAUGCAGGCAUUUCUGUUGGCAUCCUGGGCUGCUAUGUACCUGGGAUCUUCUACGCUUUCUAUUGUAAUGCUUUUUGGCGGCAGGUCUACCUGCUGACAGUGCUGUCCCUGAUCCUGGCCGUCUUCAGCGCUCAGGUCCACCCUCGUUACCUCAGCAAUGACUGGCGUUGGAUACGGAUGUCAAUCUUCUGUUGCGUGGCAGGUGUUGGCACGAUUCCUGCCUGCCACUGGGUCUGGCUCAAUGGUGGUUUCACCUCCGAUGUUGUGCAGCUGUUUCUGCCUCGAGUUAUAAUAAUGUACUUGAUUGCUGGUUCUGCCUUCCUGUUCUACGUCACCAAAAUCCCUGAGCGAUAUUUUCCUGGCCAGCUGAACUACCUGGGUGCCAGCCACCAGGUGUGGCACAUACUUGUGGUGGCUAUGUUUUACUGGUGGCAUCAGACAGCUGUGUACAUCAUGCACUUUAGACACAGCCAGUCCUGCCCAGCGCAGACCACCAGGAGCUAAGUGAAAUUCAUCAUGUAACUGCAAUGUAAAGCUGCCUAAAAACAACACAAUAAUAAGAAGAACCGCAUUUUUGUGACCUCUACCUUGUCAACCUAACGACAAGGUACUUCUGAGUACCGGCGGUAGAAAUAAAGGGGCUUCUUUAUCGUACGCCCUCCGUCACACUGUUCAACUCACCUGUGCGUACCACUCGCAGAUUAUCUUCCCAAUCUGAAGUCCACAUUAGGGAUUAGAGCAGCAGCACAGCCUCAGUAAGAAAUAUGUCUGACACCCUUCACUGUAAUUUAACUGUCCAAAAUAAAAUAAAAUGGAUGAACACAUCAUGUCAGCCACUGCAUGCAUUAAAGGAGAAUGAGCGGAUGUGAUUACAGACAGCUGACCGAUUGACACAAACAUAUAGCAUGUCAGUAAGAUGUUUGGCCACCAGGUGUCCCCAGAACAGCUUAAAUUCAGCUUGAAAUUAGUUCUAAACCUCUGCUGGAGGGAUUGAACACUUUGGGUUUUUUUAAUAAUGAGGCAUAUAUAAAUAUGCCGAGAGGGUACCUGCAUCCCACGGCUUAGCAGAGCCACUGGAGGUGGAGGUUGGUGCUGGGAUUGUGUUUGCUCCCUAAGGACUGUGAGCUGAUGUUAGAUGUGGUCGGCCACACUAACUCAGCCCCUAAAGCACAGAAAACAGUGAGCUCUAUUAGAUCAAUGCAUGAAACUGUAUUUUUUGUAUUCGUAGAAAAUAUUUGGGUGAUAAAAGCAUUUUCUCAUGGUUGUUUAUGAUUGUAGUUUUUGUACAGAAGUGUUGGUAAAAAAAAAUCAAUAGGUAUUUUGAAUCCUUUGAAUCUUACUUCUUAGUCUGUGGGAAGAAUUAUUUAUUUUAAUUUUGUUUAUUUUUUGCCUUGUUUUGUUGUUGGUUCUGUGUGAAAUGUCUUGAUUAAGAAGUGGGAAUGACAGAAAAACCCAAGGGAGCUGAACGUUACCGUUUGGGUACUGCGAGUUACCUCUCUUUGGUAGAAACAGUCACUCAGUACUUGCAGUAUUUUUUUUUAUAUUUGAACACAUAUGUUGGGAAAAAAUACUUUAAAUGCUGCAAAGUUGCAAAGCCAGUAUAUAAAAUCAAAGCUGUUGUUAUCAGCUGAGAGAAACAGACUAAUCUUAAUGCUAAACUCAUUUUUAUCAUUGAGAUGAUGGGUAUAUAUUUUUUAGUCUUCAGUCUCAUCUUACAUAAUUUGGGAGUCUGAUUUCAGUCGUCCUGCUGUAGCUUACUUACAGUUCACCUCACUCAGCACAGCUCAUCAGAGAGGUGCUAA